AUGUCACAAACUCGGGAAGCGUUUCAGGACACUCCAUCACAGAAUCAGCAGUUGUCCUUGAUGUCGACCGCUCCAGCAGAUCCUUCAUCGGUGGCUCAAAGUCCAGUACGGUUUACACCUUCAGGAGCUGCUAAUGGUGAAUACGUGGAAUCAUCUGAGGGACCAGCAGCCCUAGAGAAUAAUGAGCAAGAAGAGGAGGAAGACGUAGCUUUAGUUUCAUUUGUUCCUUUGGAGAAAUUGCAAAUCAAUGGGAUUACCAGUGCAGAUUUGAAGAAACUACGAGAAAGUGGGUUACAUACAGUGGAAGCAGUAGCCUAUGCGCCCAGGAAACAUCUGAUGGAGAUCAAGGGGAUAUCAGAGGCCAAAGCCGAUCGUUUACUCGGUGAAGCUGCGAGGUUGGUACCCAUGGGGUUUGUCACUGCAGCAGAUUUCCACCUUCGCCGUAGCGAAAUGAUCUGUCUCACUACUGGAUCCAAGAACCUAGACACUUUGCUUGGUGGUGGGAUCGAGACUGGGUCGAUUACUGAACUCUUUGGUGAAUUUCGUACCGGAAAAUCGCAAUUGUGCCAUACGCUAGCCGUAACGUGUCAGAUCCCGCUGGAUAUCGGUGGUGGAGAAGGCAAAUGUCUGUAUAUCGACACUGAAGGUACAUUCCGACCCGUUCGACUUGUAUCAAUAGCCCAAAGGUUUGGUCUUGAUCCAGAUGAUGCGCUUAAUAAUGUCGCUUACGCCAGAGCUUACAAUGCCGACCAUCAGAUCCGACUACUGGAUGCAGCAGCACAAAUGAUGAGUGAAUCUCGUUUCUCUCUAAUUGUGGUUGACUCCGUAAUGGCCCUUUACAGAACAGAUUUCUCUGGACGUGGAGAACUAAGUGCUCGUCAAAUGCACUUGGCCAAGUUCAUGCGAGCGUUACAAAGAUUGGCUGAUCAGUUUGGUGUCGCAGUAGUGGUCACUAACCAAGUCGUCGCACAAGUCGAUGGUGGUAUGUCUUUCAACCCAGAUCCCAAGAAACCCAUCGGUGGUAACAUCAUGGCCCAUUCUUCGACUACAAGACUGGGAUUCAAGAAAGGUCGGGGCUGUCAAAGACUAUGCAAAGUGGUCGAUUCGCCCUGUUUGCCCGAAGCAGACUGUGUGUUUGCCAUCUACGAGGACGGGGUGGGAGACCCCAGGGAGGAGGACGAGUAA